AUGGAACGUAGUACUUUUUAUUUUUUGGUAUAUUUAAUUGGACCAAAAUUGGAUAAUAUUCCAUUUAAAGGAAGAGAGCAAAUUGAUGUUGUAAAGCAAAUAUUAAUUGCUAUUUACGUCCUAGCAACACCAGAUUCAUUUCGCUCCAUAAGUGAACGAUUUGAUGUAUCCAAAUCAACGGCAUGGUUUAAUACGAAAAGAGUAGUUCGAGCAAUAUAUAGUAUACGAAAUCAGUUUAUCAGAUGGCCUACCUAUGAAGAAGCUGAAAACACUUGGACAAACAUUCAAACGUUAUAUGGAUUCCCUAAAGUUCUUGAUAUUAUUGAUGGAACACAUAUAAAUAUUCCUCGGCCAAAAGAAGAUGCUAAUAGCUAUAUAAACAGAAAAGGCAAAUUUUCCAUACAGUUACAAGUAAUAUGUAAAAGUGAUUUGUCGUUUAUUCAUGUAUUUGCUGGGAUGCCAGGAUGUGUCCAUGAUAUGCGAGUGUUUCUUUAUUCCGGAAUUCAACAAUAUUGCACUCCAGAGUAUUUUCCUGACGACAGUCAUUUAUUGGGUGAUGCAGCAUACAGUGUUCAAAAAAAUGUUAUAGUACCAUUUCAAGAUAAUGGCCACUUAACUAGAGAACAAAAAAGAUUCAAUCAUCGGUUGUCAUCUGCUAGAAUAAUUGUUGAAAGGUCUAUAGGAUUAUUAAAAGGACGAUGGCGAUAUUUAUUAGACAAAUUACCUAUGACAAGAACAAAUUUAAGCCCUUAUUAUAUAAUUACUUGUUGCGUAUUGCAUAACAUAUGUUUAUUACGGAAUGAUCGUAUUGAAAUCCCUAUCAUUGUUCCUGAAAUAUUGCAUGAAAUGCAACCAGUAGCUGUCCCUGAUAAUUUAAAGGAAGAAGGAAAUAUUAAAAGAAAUAGAUUGAUGCAAAUACUCAGUCAUGAUAAUUUUGAAAGAAUUAAUUAGGAUUUAUGUAUAAAACAAUAAGAUAUUGUAUUUUACAUUUGUCUUGUUAUAGUAAAUAAAAUAUUAAUUUUGUACUUAUAUAUUGUAUAAUUUUGUUUUCAUAUCUUUUAUUUUGAUAAAAUAACGCGCGCAAAAUCUUAUUUUCUUUGUACAUUUUUAUUCACAUAUUGUUACAAUACAUUGUAAAAACCAUAACACUUAUGCAUAUAACAUCACAAAUUAAAUCACAAAGUAAAUUUUGGCUUUAUAAAUAAAUGAACACAAUAAGUAUUAUAAUUAAUACUUAUUAAAAAAAACCCGCAUUUAAGUUUAACUUAUAGAUAAAGCAUGAUAAUUAAUACUAUAUAAAAAAACUUAAUCUAAAAACAUAAUAUUUUUUUUAUUAAUAAAAAAAUGUUUCAAUUGCUUGUUAAAGAAAAAACCGAACGUUUAAAAUACUAAUAAUAUCCCCACCGAGUUUUUAACGAUUUUAUAUACACAAGCGGAUAGAAACGUUUAGGCAUAUUAACUAUUAUAGUUGAGACUGUGUCUUUCUCUUUCAAAUGUAAAAGCACGCGGAAUGAGAAAGAUAUCCUCUGAACAGUGCAGUUAGUACGCCCAAUGGCAUUAAUCUCCGCAUGUGUACAUACAUUUCUUCAUUACUUAUCAUAUUUUCUCUGUAUUCAGUUUUAUUGUA